GAAGAGGAAGCUACGUCAACAACCCGUCACAACAAGCAGUUAUCCAACAUGGCGGCGGCCUUCCGGAAGGUGUGCAGCGGAGUCACUUCCAGGUAAUUUCACCUUUUUAUUCACCACCAUUAAACAAACCGGCGUGACGUCACUCCCGAUGUACGGACUCCGGGGUCGCGUGCUCGACAGGUGAUGACAGGUGUGAGUGGAGCAGGUGAUCCGUGUUUACACCAGACCCCGUUCAUAGUUCGCAUCAAAUUAACCUGUGAUCGACUCUGACAGGUACACACGAGGUCUGAUGUGACGUCAGACAGGUGAGAGGUGUGGGUGUGAGGGUGACGUCAUUUUCGGCGCAGGUUCAGAUCAUCCAGGUGUUUCAGGUUCAGGUCAGGAGUCUAAAAUGUUCCUGGCCUCACAUGAACAGGCGAGGUUACCUGUCGCAGGUUUUGUAAUGACACGUUAAUGAAGAGGAUUAAUCAUUCAUUAAUUAAUUCAAACUCACCUGAGAGCCUCCUGCUCUGACGUCACUCUUCCGUAAAACCAACGAGUUUCGAUUUGAAGUUAAAAUCAAUCAAAGUUGGAUCAAUAAACUAAUAAUAUUUAGUAAGACAGUAAAAACAAACAAACAAAAACAUAUUAAAUAAAGUUUGUUUUGAUUUAAUUUAACUCAUAGACUGAAUAUAGAACAGAUGUCGUCUGCCUCCUCUCUGGGUGAAGCCACUCCGAGAACAGCGCCCUCUGGUGACGGGCUGCAGUAUGGGUCAUAAAUCCCGCCUCCUUUUGGAGCUGUGGACAAGUUUUAUGAAUUAAUGACACAUAAUAUAAAUGUUUCUCCCCCCUGCUUGUGAUGUUGACAUGUAGUUACUGUCAGACUGGUUUGUGCUCAAGUCCUCUUUUUUUCUGUACAGCUCCAUUUUUAAAAGUUAUUAGGGGGUUCAUGUUUUCUAUGAUUGACAACUGAUGCAGCCUAUGGGUGUACGAAGGUUGUGUAGCUCACCCAGGGGAUACACUGUUUGAGCCGAGCGUCAUCACAGCGACUCUCGGCGACUCUCCCGCCGAAUGUGUACAACGCUACUGCGAAAUGUUGCUUUCAAGAAAUGAAGAAAAAUCGUGGAAUUACCGAUAGCUUUUCAGCUUCAAAUCCAUAUACUGACGUAAGGCGGAACCAAGUUGUCCAGAGUAAAUACAGUCUAUGAGUAAACUCAAGUUUAAAUCGCUGAACAAGAAUCAAAUCAUUAACAAUCAUGAAACUCUAAAGUAGGCCUGCACGAUAUAUCGUUUGAGCAUCGUCAUCGCGAUGUACGUGUGUGCGAUAGUCACAUCGCAGAGCCUGCGAUGUCGGAGGUGAAUGACCUCAGUUAAUUUCAAGGGUAGCUGACUGAGAUACCCGGCAUGUGACUCUGCAUGUGCUGUGCACCGAUCCACCAAUCACCUUUGUCCUUUACUCAGUUGCCAAUCAGACUCAGUUCUCAGUUGCCAAUCAGACUACCCUGCCAGCUGUCAAUCAAAAUCAGAGAGGAGGAAACCCGCCCCUGCACAUGUUCUGCACAUGGAGUUACUCACUGGCUGCUGGUGUUGAGCCGAGAAACGCGUGUCUGCUGAGAAUUACUUUCGGAACUUUACUCAUGACUGUUAAGCCCAACAAAUAAGAACUGUAUGGGUUUUAAAAUGUAUAUUUCCGUGGACCACUCUACUAUAAGCGGUGCGCGUUUUGCGAGGUGCAUGCAAUUCUUGGAGGACAUGCGUUUCUCGGCACAACACCGCUAACAACAACAACAAUGUUUGCAAAAUGAGCAACGAACAAGAGAAAACCACCGAAAAUGAAGAUUUGUUGCCAAAAAGAAAAGGAAAGUCAGUUAGCUGGAAUUAUUUCGGUUACAAGAUGGAUGAUGUCGACCAAAACACGUUCUGUGUUCAUCUGUUGCCACAAUAACGUCCCAGAACAAUAAAACCUAAAAAUAUCUCUGAGACAGACAGAAGCCAUUCUACUAACAUUCACAAAAAGAGGUAAGAUCAGAGCAGGUUAACUGUCCUCAAGACUUCAGCGGUGCAGCAUAACAUUAAAUGCUAUUCAGGUCAUCUGGUGAAAAUUCCUAUAUUUUUAAUAUCGCAAUAUAUAUCGCAGGGUUGAAAAAAAUCGCAAUGUUAGUUUUUUCAAUAUCGUGCAGCCUUGCUCUAAAGUAUAUAUGGUUUACAGUUUAUAACAAUUUUAAAUUUAAAGUAUAUAUGGUUAGCUGUGGUUCUUUUUUUUAACCCUUUGUUUUUGUUCUUGUUUGUUUCUUCCUGCAGAGGUUUCUCUCUGAGCUGCUGUCGACAUAAACUCCUCCACACAGGUUAGUCUCUAACGGGUCCAAGUCUUCUUCAAACCUGAGCAGAGUUUAUUCAUUUAUUUAUUUAUAAAUUAUCAUGGGGGGGGUCUGGAAGUGGUCAAUCAGUAAAAACCAGUAAAACCCAGUGGGAUAGUGGGUGAUACUGUCGGCUGCCUGUUUUCUCUUCAGGUCACGGCCUUCUGCCCCGCCCCCGCCCUCUCCCCCUCUUGUUGGUUACCGGGGGUGGUUACCUUGGUUACCAACACUACAGAUGGAAUAUCCCACCAGAGGAUGGAGCCCCGCCUCCUGUGGCCACUCCCACCCAGGUAAGAGAAAAGACACCUGUCUCAGUCAGUGGUCAGCGGUGGGCCAAUCAGGGUGCUUCGAUUUCUACGUCAACGGAAUCACGGAAUUGGCUGAUAAAAACAGAAUCUACUGUUAAACCCGGUGUGUAUGUGUGUGUGUGUGUGUGUGUGUGUGUGUGUGAGUGAGUGAGUGAGUGAGAGUGUUCGAGGCAGGGGGUGUGCAGUAAUGACACUUCUUUGUUUAGCCAUGACUCACCUGAGCGCACCUUUAGAGGAUCUGAUGUCAUGCUAACAUGCUAACUCGUUAGCUCGGGUCGUACCUCUAAGGGUGGGGGGGGUGGGGGUGAAAGGUCACAGUUAUGAUGUCACUCAGACUGACACGUCACCACUGUGGUCAGGCCCCGCCCCCUCUCAUCGCUGCACCCCAUGCCUCUCGAUUGGCUGGCUUACUGAGGGCGUGUCCUGAUUGGUCACUCAGUAACCGUGGGAUCAGACGGAGGCUCUGAUUGGACAGAAACUUUAGACUCAUUCAGUAAAAAAUAAAAAUUAGAUAAUCAAUGAAAUAAUGAUCCAAUUGAUAAUGAAAUAUUGAUGAGCUCAUAGACUGACUGACAGGUGACAUACGUCCACAUUAUCGAAUAAAAAUAUAACAUUUAAUAAACAGUUUUAAACCAACUUAAGUUAUUAAAACAAAAAUAUUUUAGAUCGAUUAAUUGUUCAUUACAACAAUUCAUUAUUAAAAAAACUAAAUAUGAAUGAAAUUUCUGAGCGAUAAACAUUUACAUCAUCCCUAAAUCAUGUUAGAUCUUUGUUCACCUUCUUUUCUUUAAACUUCCUGUGGAUUUAUAUCUAUAAACGUCUGUUCUUUAGUUAAAAGGUGAUUAUUUAAUUAAGAUUUUACACAAACAGUUAUAACGAUAAUGAUUAAUUGACUCAAAGUUCAGAUUUAAAGAAACAGUGAAAAACUUUUUCUAUAAAUCUCUGAAAAAAUUAAAUUUAUGUUUCCAUGACGAUAAAAAAGCCCUUUGGAUUAAAGCGAGGGAGAGAGAGGAAGAGAGAGAUUGAGAGAGAGAGGGAGGGGGUGGAGCUUAAGUACUAACGCCGAUCCCUCCCUCUCUCUCUCUCUCAGUCCUUCAGUCAGAUUUCUCGGCUCUUAGCGAUCACUAACCUCUCUCCCUGCUCUCACCCGUCUCACCUGCCUCACCUAAACCCUUCGACCCUCAGCAUGUGUCGUCAGCCAUCUCCCUCCUCUGCGUCUCCUGCGACCCCUUGUUCAUGGUGAGGUUCUUCCCCCGCCGUGGGGAGCGUCAGGAGCGCGACCUGCUGCGGCAGGUAAGGCGGGGUCGUGCAACUGAGACAGAGAGAGAGAGUGAGAAAGCUGGAGGAGGAGGAGGAGGAAGAGGGGCGAGAAGGAGCGCUCGAUUCAGGUGGGAGAGGGGGCGGAGCCAGAGCUGGGUCAAGAUUAAGAUGUAAAUUAAUAAAUGUUAAAAAUACUGAAGAGAGAAAACUGCAGUACUAUUACUACUGCAGUCAAUGCUACUGCAAUACUGUUAGUAUUACUACAGGACUGUCAGUAUUACUGUAGGACUGUUAGUAUUACUGCAGUACUAAUAGUAUUACUGUAGGACUGUUAGUAUUACUGUAGUACUGUUAGUAUUACUUUAGGACUGUUAGUAUUACUGCAGUACUUUUUGUAUUACUGUUAGUAUUACUGUAUGACUGUUAGUAUUACUGCAGUACUGUUAGUAUUACUGUAGGACUGUUAGUAUUACUGAACUACUGUUAGUUUUACUCUACUACUACUGUACUGCAAUGGUGUACUGCAGUACUGUUAGUAUUACUGUAGGACUGUUGGUGUUUCCGAACUAGUGUUAGUUUUACUCUACUACUGCUGUACUGCAAUGGUGUACUGAAAGUACUGUUAGUAUAAAUAAAAUAUGGUUAAAGUGUUGUUUAUACAAUCGUAGGACUGUCAGUAGAAUUAAACAACUAAAUAUAUACUUAUAACAGAAUUAUUACAGUUAUUACAGGACAGGUAUAGAUAUUAUAGUACAGUUACAGCUAUCAUAGUUACUACAGUAUAAGUACCAUAGACUGUAUAUAGAGGGGACAGCAUCCGCCUCCACUCCGAGAACAGCACCCUCUGUUGAUGGGCUGCAGUAUAGGUCAUAAAUCCCGCCUCAGCCAGCAAAGCUUAUGGGGCUGUGGACAAAUUUUAGAAAUUUAUUACACAGAACAUACAUUUUUCUCCCCCCGGUUGUGAUGUUGACAUGUAGUUAUUGUAAGACUGGUUUGUGCUCAUAGGCUGUAUUGGCUGAGCGAGAUUGUGUUGGUUCGUUCCACUUCAGUGGGGCAACAUAAACUGUGAUUCAUAAAACAGCUCUAAUGAUAGUAAGUACUAAAAAAAAAUAUCUGCACAUGCCAUCCUGUCGAUUUUUGGUAAUCAGUGUUUCGGUGUCGAACUAUUUCCUUUCUGCGGCACAAUGAUACUUGCACACGAGCAAUCGAAUAUGCAGAGGGGUGAAGCGAUUUUUGUCACGUGGACCAAUAGGAGCCGAGUCUCUUUGCCAUAGUAUCAGAAAUACACAAACAUGGCGACGAGCGCAUCUAGCAGCGAGACAAGCGAAGAGGAAGAAAAGAACAGGAAAAAAAGAAAACAGCCUUCAAAAGUGCAUAAAAAAGGAACGAAACGAUGCUAUAUGCAUCUAUCAUCUGUCCAGAGUGAAGACGUUCUCGACUUUACAAGGACAGUGACACUGUGAUACUUGAAUAAAUGUUUUAUACCAUAUUUUGAAUUAAUUCAGACCUUUUGUGCAUUCAUUUUUGUCUUGUUACAUUUUUUCCAUUAUUCCAAAUUUUUUUUUUUUUUGGGGGGGGGGGGGGUUGGUAGCAAUUUGAUUAACUUUCAGCCAUGUGCUGUUUAUAUUUUAUUGCUUUUAUUACACAGUAGGUUGUAUCAUUUUUAUGUAUGAAACAUAAGCUUUUAGCUAAAUGUACUGUAUAUAUUCCAUUGUGCUGGGUGCAAAUCACUUGAGUUGAGAUGUUUUCUUCAAGAAAUUUGCUACAUUUCAUAAUCUGAAUUCACUUAUGCGUAUACUAAGGCACCAAUAACUGUUUUAGAUGUUAGGUAGAUGUAUUUAUGACAUUUGAGAAAGAUUUUGUCUUGCCAGAAUCAACAUAGCAGUUUCUACAAGCAAAAACAGCAGCACCAUCUAAUUGUUUUUUGGGUUACUCACAUAUAUGUACAUAUCUGGCUGGUGACAAAAGUCGGACCGAUGGUCUGAGUAGAUAUUUUAACCCAGAGUCCAGAAUGGUAUUGUCUAUGCAAAAAUGCAUUGAACAAGUAGCACCAGCGUAGUUAAACGAAAUUCACUUUCUAGGUACUUUUUCCUUUAUCCCAAUACAGCCUAUAACCUCGAGCGAAGUUUCUUUCGCGGAGUUUCAGAUGCCGUGGACGUGGAUGCAUCGGCGAUGCUGCCUGAAGGGUUUGACUGACCCGCGGCUGCAUCACGUUCUUGUUUCUCAAACGCCUUUUGCAAAUAAAUCUCUGGUAGCAUGUCAUGUGAAACCCAGCAUCAUCAGGAACAUUGUCAAAGUCGAUAUCAACGCAAUGUUUACAAGUUUCUGCAAGGUCCUUUGUCUCACCCUGUAGAGAAAGCCACUUUCUAAUACUAGUUCUGUAAGUUUCCCAAUGUGUAAAGUCGAGAACGUCUUCACUCUGGAUAGAUGAUAGAUGCAUAUAGCAUCGUUUCGCUCCUUUUUUAUGCACUUUUGAAGGCUGUUUUCUUUUUUUCCCUUUCUUUUCUUCCUAUUCGCUUGUCUCGCUGCUAGAUGCGCUCGUCGCCAUGUUUGUGUAUUUCUGAUACUAUGGCAACGAGACUCGGCUCCUAUUGGUCCACGUGACAAAAAUUGCUUCAACCUUCUGCAUAUUCGAUUGCGCGUGUGCAAUUAUCACUGCGCCGCAGAAAGGAAAUAGUUUGACACCGAAACAAUGAUUACUAAAAAUCGACAGGAUGGCAUGAGUAGAUAUUUUUUUUUAGUACUUACUAUCAAUAGAGCUAUUUUAUGAAUCACAGUUUAUGUUGCCCCACUGAAGUGGAACAAGAUUCACUUUCUGAGCACUUUUUCCUCUGUCCCAAUACAGCCUAUCAAGUCCUCUUUUUUUUCUGUGCAGCUCCGUUUUUAAAAGUUAUAAGGGGGUUCAUGUUUUCUAUGAUUGACACUUGAUACAGCCUAUGGGCGUUCAGGGAUAUGCUGUUUGAGCCGAGCGUCAUCACAGCGACUCUCGGCGACUGCACAGCCGAAUGCGUGCAUCGUUACUGCGCAGCGCUGGUUUCAGGAAAUAAAGAAAAAUCCCGGAAAUACCGAGAGCUAUUUGGCUUCAAGUCCGUAUACAGGUGGUAGGCGGAACCAAGUUGUCCAUAGUAUAUACUGUCUAUUACUAUUACAGUUAUUACAGUACAGUCAGACACACAGAAAUGCUAACUCAACAGUUUUUAGGGGGGGCAGACCUGGAGAUUAGAGGUGUGUGUGUGUGUGUGUGUGUGUGUGGUUGCCUUGGCGACUGCUUUGUUAACAGGUCAUCUAUUUAGCUUUAGUCCGUGUUAGCCACUUCAUAGUUGAUCCUGUUCUCACCCCCUAACCUGCUAACCUAGUUAGCUUAGAACACACACACACACACACACAAAUACAUGUAUACAAUACAAACACACAGAUAUAUACAAUAUACACACACAAAUACACACAGCAUGCACAUUGUUUAGGCUGCUCACUGCUGUGUGUAUUGUAUAUGAGUGUGUGUGUGUGUGUGUGUGUGUUUUUACAUGUAUCGAGGGUAUGUACCCGUUGCCAUGGAAACACAGCUGCUCUGAUCCAACACUAAGCCUGUUAGCAGGUCAGCAUGUCUCCUAGCGACCACAUGAGCUAAUCUUCCUCCGCCUCCUUCUCAGAUGACUAGGCCCUGACCCCCCCCGCCCCUUGCUUUUUGACUUCCUGUUUCCUCCUCCAUGUUUUUUUCCACUGUAAUUGUCGUAAAUAUUCGUAUUUUCUUGCUCAGAUUCGUUUUUUUUUUGUUUUUAACUUUUUUGUCCGUUUCAGAACUGAAGCCUCAUUAAAUCUCAUGUAAUCCCGUUAAAUCCCGUUAAAUCUCAUCAUCACUAUUAGGCUCCAGGUGCCUCGAUUCGCUCUCCGUUGCCGUCUGAGCACGUUCAGUAGCAGCACAUCCCACACCACCCCUUGGCGCCGUUUGCCAGUCACCUUCCUGUGCUACAUCCUGUCAGUCAGUGCUCUGCAGCCAUUGGCUAAUCGGGUAAGAACUGCUCACAUCAAUUAUUUUAUGAAGCGACUUUAUUUCCUUUAUUUUAAUAACAAUAACUAAGUUAAUUAUGACCCCCAUGAGGACUGGAUUAGGUCUCUAUGAGGUCUCAGUCCUUUUUGAGGUUUUUAAUGAGUCUCUUCAGAGUCCACUUUUAGUGCCUUUAACACUUCAUCCUCAGUUUAAGCAGUAGCAGUAAAUCCUCACUGUAAGCAGUAGAUUGUGUCCUUCCAGAGGAGGAAAUCUACUUCUAGACUUCUAGAAUCAGCAUCUACUCAUCCGUGGUGUCAUCGGGGUGAAAUGACGUCUAAAAACCUUUCACUUGUUCGUCUCUGCCCGUUUGCAUGGUGUGAAAUACGAUCCUCCUGAAACACGGAGUGUUUUAUUUUGAAAAGAAGCCAGAUGUUGUAUUUUGUGUCUGUGCCCGACUUCCUUUCCAGCAUGGGUUAAUCUGUGCUGAUUUUAGCAUGCUAUGGCGUCCACAAAAAUGAGAACUCUUGCGAUCAGUUGUGGAGUCUGACGAUCUGCAGAGGAAUGGAAAGAAGCCGGUGGAAAUUGGAUACGACCUUUUCAUAGACGUGGAAAUUGCCGGUAAGACUGUGAUUGGACGAGAAAAAACAAAUCUGCGACUCAGUGCCGAGAAAACUCCAGAAUCAGAGACACAGUCUUAAAAAAAACGGUUUUUCAAUUAAAUUAAAUGCACAUACCAGGGUUAAAAGGUAAAAAUAAUGGGAAAUUAAACAGAUUUUUAUGGUUUUCAGAUGAUUUUUACCCAAUGUUGUCCAACAGGUUAGUCACAUGACUCUGGAGUGGGAAUCUCCACAUGGAAAGGACAACUGGACUUAGUUGAGACGUUUCGCCUAAGUCCAGCUGUCCCUUCAACGUAGAAUUAGAAAUCAUACAGUCUGGAGAAAACCGAAUUAUCGCCUUAUUCUGAUUAAGACCUGACAACUGAAAUUCAUGUAAACACCUUAGUCCGACUAUGGAGUUUGAGAAAGAAGCCGGUGGAAAUUGACACAUUAACUUGAAUGGUUAUAAUAAACUACGGUCGGAGGAUACAACCUUUUUGUAGACGUUCAGGAUGAGGUGGAGAUCAGGGUUAGACGCGUCACCUAAAUACAGAGAGGAGAACCAGAGGACCUCUGUCAUCCCUUCAGGCGCUCUCUGUUUCUACACCACCCUUCGAAGUGUCUCACCUGUGGCGGUCCUGUCUGUGUUGCAGGUGGCGUUGUACCGCUCCUUUCCAACACGCCUUCUCUCUCGGGCAUGGGGGCGUUUGAACGGUGUGGAGCUUCCUACCUGGCUGAGGAAACCCGUCUACUCACUCUACAUCUGGACCUUUGGAGUCAACAUGCAGGUGAGGAUCCGAGAGUGGGAGGAGCUUAAAUCUGGCAGGUCAAAAUAGGCGUGUAACUUCACUUGAACUUCCUCCUCCUCCUCCUCUUUCUCCCCUCCUCCUGCUCCUCCUCCUCCUCCUCCUCUCUCUCCCUGUCCUCCUCCUGCUCCUCUUCCUCCCUCUCUGCUCUCCUUCACUCUUUGUGUUUCUUCGUGUCUGUAGCGAUUUGAAUUUAUAAUAAAUGUCUGAAGAUUAAUAAUCUCAAAUUAUGACAUUUAUGCACUAGCUGAAAGGGGCACCACCCACCCUUAAUGGUGGGAAAAUAAAGAAAACUAAAGUUUAAUUGAGAAAUCAAACAUCAAGUCAAUCUUUAAUUAAUGAAUCUCAUAUCUUUAGCCGAAAUUCUCAUUUCAGGGACUCCACUUCUGGAAGAACACUAACAGACAGGAGCUUAGAAAAAUAAUGAUCUGUUCAUUACAGGGUAAAUGAUGGUACAACAUACAUGCAAUUAAUGAUGAUAAGAUAAUGAGGAUAAAUAAUAAUAGGUGAAUAAAUAAAGAUUCUGAGUCAGGCUAGGAGCACUAAAGUUAAUGAUAGUGAGUGAAUAUGCGCUAACAUAUUAACCUACACUAACUUUGGUGUUGAGAUAAAUUUGGAUGUGGAUUUGGAGGAAUCUAAGAUUACCAGAAUAAGUGAAUAUCUGAGUUACGACCACAUGAGACGGCAUCAGCCCUCUUUGGAGCUCUGGAGGUUUGCAUACUUAAGUGAGACUGGUCCUUGGAGAAGAUGGAGCUGGUUCCGAAGGUCCGGGGCUACCGGCGGUUCGAGCGGUUCAGCUCAGAAGACGACUGAAGUCAGCCGAAGGAUGGGCCAGGAGUUGUAGCACUCGGGCCCGAAGCAAAGCCGGCGCCUGUAGAUCCUGUGGAUGCUCGUUUGGACGCUUCUUUGGUCUCACUCAAAAACUCUGGCAUAGAGGAUGACCUGGGCCUGCUGGGUUGCGUUCAGAGGUGACUUUGAAAUCACGCAGAUAACUCAGAAAAACGAGGCUCGAUGACCAGUGGAAACUUUCAAAAAUGGCUUCGCAAAAUUAAAUCAAAAUCAAUCAAAGGCUUAAUCUUGAAUUGCUAUGCGCACAAAAAGUGAAUCAACACGUGGCGUAAAACUUAGAAGGCUAAGAAAAAGAGCUAAGAGAAAACAAAGAAGAGGAACACAGAAGGGUGUGGACAGUGAGUGAAGAAGCGGGUGUAAGAUAAAGGGGGACAAGAGUAUAAGGGCAACAAGAGAGUAAGGGGAUGUGAGCAACCCCACUUUCUGGUUUUAUCUUCUCACACUCAGAGUGUCUCUGGCGUGUGUGUGUGAGGAGAAAGAGGAGGGGUCGUGGGGUCUCCAGCUGCAGAGGAGACCUCGGAUCUCUGGUUAUUUGAUCUAACUUAUACUUUUGGCUGGUAAAAGAGUCAGAUCUGAUACUCACUCACUAUGAUUAAUAUCAGUGAAUGCUUGGUUUCAUGAAAAAGAUUUGAUACUAAACACAUAUUAAUGAAAUGUAGAAUCACAUCAAACAUUCUCAUUAUGUUUCAAGUAUCACAUUGAACAUGCUAAAUUACUCUGAAAUGAAACAGAUAGUAACACAUAGAAACUGUGAACAACAAAAGAGUAAAUACAUGUAAAUGAACUUCAUGAUUAAUAAUGGAUUCUAAAUACUCACAUUCAGAUUAUUCAAUGACAUUAUAACCACCUAAUGGUUAAAAAUACUAAAUAAACAACUAAAAUAUAAACCAAACAUUUCUAAACCAUUUCUGUUACUUAGAGUAAAGUUAUUAUUCAUAGUCAAUAAAUUUAACUUUUAAAAGUUCAUGAAACAGUCUGAAAAGCUGUUAGUCUAAAGAAACUAAAGAAUAAAGGAUUUAUUCUGUCAGAGUGAUAACUCGGCUUCUGGAGCACAUAGAAAAACGGGAAACAUCUCAUUUUAACACAAAUUUAAUGAUUAGACAGAUUAGGACAUUGCUGAAUGCAUAAGAUGUCAUGAUCAGUCAUUUGCAUUCUUUCACCAAAGGAAUGCAGUUUUUAUCAGUACAUGGUUGAGCAGGGUUUUACGACCGAGGUCUGGAGGUCAGUGUCCUGCUCCUCAGAGCUUAUCUUGGGGUCUGUAUGUUUAAGACAGUAAAUCUCAAAUGGGAGACCUGGAUCGAGGCAUGAAUGAUUAUUUAGAUGGUCAGCGAUGGCGUCAGUUUGAAAGGUAAUAAAAACUCUGUCUCUGUUCUCCGAAUUGACCAAUCGUGAAGAGUCAGAGGUUUGGUCAACCUCCGGUCAUGUCAGUUAGGUAACCUGAAAGUGCAAACAAGUCUGGAAAGAUUUAUAUCCUGUGUCCUGGGACCAGAUAAGAAAACUUUCCUGCGAGGAAUGUGUGAUUUUCACAUACAGGGUUGUCUUGAUUGCUACAUGUCAAACAAUAGGAGGCCGCCGUGGAGGACUUACAUCACUACAGGAAUCUUGGCGAGUUCUUCAGGCGGCGUCUUAAACCGGCUGUCAGACCGGUCUGCGUCUCCUCCUGUCUGGUAAUGACCCCCCCAGCCUCCCAGAGUUAUUGAUCAGUUGUGGUUCAGCUGCAGGUGGUGUAGGUCAUGUGAUCAGUCUGAUCAAUAAUUGAAUUGAUUCUGGUUCAGAUCUCUCCGGCUGACGGGAGGAUCCUUCAUUUUGGUCGAGUCAAGAACUCGGAGGUGGAGCAGGUCAAAGGGGUCACCUACAGUCUGGAGAACUUCCUGGGUCCACAGAAGAAGCCUAGUCAUGGUAAGGCCACGCCCAUGUGUCAUUAAUUCGCUCCCCCUGUUAUACCAAGACCACGCCCCUUAAAAUAGAACUGACUUGAAGAACUAAAGACAGAGGUCCACAAUCUAACCUGGAAACAGGACUUUAAGGUCCUGGAACAGUCCUUAUUGGUACAUGUAGAUCUUGGUUUUGGACUUUAGACUUGUUGACCCUGAUUGUAGCUUUACUUUGAAGACCCGAACCUGUGACCUGCAGUCGACUCUGAAGCCUGGACCCCCCAGGAUCCGUAUUUAAAUGGACAGUUUUUUUUAUUUGUCAUGAUUAGUCAAAUGUUGGCGAUGACAUCUGAUUUGUGAUUGGUUGAUUCUGACAUCUUUUCACUCUUUCAUCAUGACGUCAUGCUGACUCAUUGGUUUUUAUUGACUCAUUGAUCAUGAUGUUCUGGUUCUGUCCCGGUUCUGAAUCAUCCCUGACACUCAGAUCUCUGUCUCCAGACUCGUCCUCGUCCUUCAGGGAACUCCUCCUGUCCAGUCCUGAAAACGACCUCUUCCAUGUGGUGGUCUACCUGGCUCCUGGUGACUAUCACUGUUUUCAUUCGCCCACAGACUGGAGGGUGGAGCUUCGCCGUCACUUCCCAGGUGAGGGGGGGCGGCACUGUGUUCACCUGUAAUAGUUUGUUCAGAGUCGCUGUGAUGCCACACGGCUCAAACAGCGUAUCCCCAGGUGAGCUACUCAAUCUCUGUACUCCCAUAGGCUGUAUCAAGUGUCAAUCAUAGAAAACAUGAACCCCCUAAUAACUUUUAAAAAUGGAGCUGUACAGAAAAAAGAGGACUUGAGCACAAACCAGUCUGACAGUUACUACAUGUCAACAUCACAACCAGGGGCGAGAAACAUUUAUAUUCUGUGUCAUUACUUUAGAAAGUUUGUCCACAGCUCCAUAAGGAGGUGGGAUUUAUGACUUAUACUGCAGCCUGUCACCAGAGGGCGCUGUUCUCAUAGUGGAGGAGGCAGACGGCAUCCAUUCUGGAUACGGUCUAUGUUGUGGUUACAAUAUAACACUCCUCUCUUACCUAACCUUUCUCUCUCUCCCCUAGGUUCGUUAAUGUCGGUUAACCCGGGCGUUGCUCGUUUGGUCAAAGAGCUUUUCUGUCUUAACGAGCGGGUGGUUCUAACUGGCCAAUGGCAGCACGGCUUCUUCUCGUUUACAGCAGUUGGAGCAACCAAUGUGGGCUCUAUCAGGGUUUACUUUGACCAGGUAAGUUCCACUGAGGCUCUGUCCCUUUUUUCUUCAGCAGAUUUACUGUCAUGUGAUUGGCUGAUGGUCGUUCAGGAGCAGGUCUUUUAUAGUUUUUACAUUUUCUCAGAUAGGUUUAACUCAGACCUGUCCUGUAGUUUUUGGACAUUUUCGAGUGUGGAAGAGGUUUUUUCAAAUCAUGUUUCAAAAUUUAGUUUCGCUUUUUUUUUCAAAUUUUUAAGUUUUUUUUGUACUUAUUGUACAGUAUUUCCUGUUUUUGUUGUUUUUUUAAAGAAGUUUUUAACAUAUUUUUUAUGUCUUGUUUCAUAUCAUUAGAAAAAUUUUUCCUGUUUUUAUAUUUCCUCGUCAGGAGCUUCAGACCAACACGCCUUGCUACAGUAAAGGCUCCUUCCACGACCACAGCUACGUUACCGUUGGUGACCAGGAGCUGAAGAUGACUGGAGAAGGGGGUGUGGUCUCAGGUGAAGGAGAAGGCGUGGCCUUACAGAAGGGGGCGGCACUGGGAGAGUUUAACCUGGGCUCCACCAUCGUCCUGUUGUUUGAAGCUCCAAAAGACUUCAAUUUUAACCUGCAACCAGGACAGCAAAUCAGAGUUGGCGAGGGGCUCGGCAGCCUCUGAUUGGCUGAGCUGCAGGGUCAGGGGGAGGGGCCUGAGGUCUUUGAAAGACAGACCUUGAGAGAAAUAGGCAUCAUGGGUAAUUCUUCCAGUGGAAAAGAGGCAGCAGAAUCACUUAUUGGCAAGGACUCAAAAUCCCAAGAUGCCUUGUGCCUCGUGACAGGAAAAUGCCAAAACUCUGUCGAUCUCUUAAGUUUGACCUCAUCAGCGAGAACUAAAGAGCAGGUCAGAUUUAACUCUGAAGAAACAAUAACAUCUAUGAAGAAACAUCUACGAAACAUCUCUGAGAUUAAAACGAGGCAGAAACCAGAGUUACACAGAGGGGCGAUAAAGGGUUAAUAAAAACAGUCAAUAAAGUGUUAAUUAACACAGAGAGUUAAUAAGGACUGACUCCUUAUUGGCUUUAAACAGAGAUUUAGUCAGGAGUUAAACACAGUUAAUAAAGAGUCAAUUCAAACAGACAGAGAGUUAAAGUCAAUCUUUCUUCUUGAGUCUCAGUUCGUUUUUCUGAUUUUGUUUUUAACCAAUCAAACGUUUUCACUUUCAUUAAGCUCACAGACCUUAAGCAGCUGAUUGGUGGAAACCUGGCAGGUUGUCUGUGAUUGGUCGAUAUAAUCCACGUUCUUCUUAGUCUAUGAUUGUUUUUGUUAAAGUCUGAAAAAGUUCGUUCAUUUUCUUUUGUAACAAGUAAAAAUAGGAAUAAAACGUAUUUUUCUCAGCGAC